CUUUGCUAUUUUUGGGGGCUUUUAUUGGAAAGGAAAGCUGGUGCAUGUCCCAUCCGGAGGGGUUUAAACCUGGAGACUUCCACUGAACACAGAGAUCCGCCAGGCAGCAACCCUCCGCCGGUAUGAGGCUCACGCGGAGCCCCGUCCUCCUGCUGCUCCUCCCGGCUGCGCUGCUGCUGCUCUGCACCCGCAUCCAGGUCUCUUCAGCUUCGGGACACUUUGAGCUCCAGAUCUUAUCGAUGCAGAACGUUAACGGGCGUCUGCAGAGCGGCGCCUGCUGCGACCGAACCCGGACGGACACCUCCGCCGCCGCUGACCGCCGGUGCGCCGCGAUGGACGAGUGCGACACUUACUUCCGCGUCUGUCUGAAGGAGUACCAGCUGAAGGUGAGCUCGGCCGGGCCCUGCAGCUUCGGAGCCGCCUCCACGCCCGUGCUCGGAGGGAAUACUUUCUCUUUACGCAACGGAAAGAGCGACAAGGCCGGGAUCGUGCUGCCGUUCAGCUUCGCGUGGCCGAGAUCGUACACGUUGAUCGUGGAAGCUCUGGACUUCAACAACGACUCUUCAUCCGGCAGUGUGGGCGGCGCUCUGAUAGAGAAGGCGGUCCACUCUGGGAUGAUCAACCCGAGCCGUCAGUGGCAGAACCUGAAGCACACCGGACCGGCGGCUCAGUUCCACUUCCAGGUCCGGCUCAGCUGUGACGAGCACUACUACGGCUUCGGCUGCAACAAGUUCUGCAGACCCAGAGACGACUUCUUCGGACACUACGAGUGCGACCACAACGGGAACAAGACGUGUCUGGACGGCUGGUCGGGUCCGGACUGCAACACCGCUAUCUGCAGGCAGGGCUGCAGCACUGAACAUGGAUCCUGUAAAGAUCCUGGAGAGUGCAGGUGUCUGUACGGAUGGCAGGGUGAAUACUGUGAUCAGUGUAUCUCUCACCCCGGCUGUGUUCACGGCAGCUGUGUGGAGCCGUGGCAAUGUCUGUGUGACACUAACUAUGGAGGACAGCUGUGUGACAAAGAUUUGAACACGUGCAGGACUCGGCAGCCUUGCCUGAACUCAGGAACCUGCAGCAACACAGGACCUGAUAAAUAUCACUGCUCCUGUCCUGAAGGUUUCUCUGGAGUCAACUGUCAGAGAGCUGAUCACGCCUGCCUGUCGUCUCCCUGUCUGAACGACGGCCGCUGUGAGGAGACCGCUCAGGGGUUCGAGUGUCAGUGUGGCCCCGGCUGGACCGGACCGUCCUGCUCCAUCAAUGUGGACGAGUGUCUGGUGAAUCCCUGCAGCCACGGAGGAACCUGCCAAGACCUGAUCAACGGCUUCAGGUGCAGCUGCCCCCCCCAGUGGACCGGCAAGACCUGCCUCAUCGACGCUAACGAGUGUGCAGAGAACCCCUGCGUCAACGCCAACUCCUGCAGAAACCUGAUUGGAGGAUAUUUCUGCGAGUGUCUGCCGGGUUGGACGGGUCAGAACUGUGACAGCAAUAUUAACGACUGUCGAGGUCAAUGUCAGAACGGAGCCGCGUGUAAGGAUCUGGUGAACAGUUAUAAAUGUGUGUGCUCUCCGGGUUUCGGCGGCGAGCACUGUGAGGAAGACGUGGACGAGUGCGCCAGCGGUCCGUGCCUCAACGGCGGCCGUUGCCAUGACGAAGUGAACGGAUUCCACUGCCUGUGCCCACCUGGUUACUCUGGGCAACGCUGUCAGUCGGACAUCGAUUACUGCCUGAACGGUCCGUGUCAGAACGGCGGUCAGUGUUUCAACCUGGCGUCCGACUACGUCUGUAAAUGUCCCGAAGACUACGAGGGCAAGAACUGCUCCAGCCUGAAGGACCACUGCCGCACUACGCCCUGCAAAGUGAUUGACAGCUGCACGGUGGCGGUGGCGUCCAACAGCACACCUGGCGGGUUGCGUUUGAUUUCGUCCAACGUGUGCGGCCCCCACGGUCGGUGCCGGAGCCACGCCGGCGGACAGUUCAGCUGCGAGUGUCAGGAAGGAUUCACCGGCGCCUACUGCCACGAGAAUAUAAAUGACUGUGAGAGCGCCCCCUGUCUGAACGGAGGAACCUGCAUUGAUAAAGUCAGUCUUUAUCAGUGUAUCUGUGCUGAAGGCUGGAACGGACCCAGCUGCCAGAACAAUAUCGACGACUGCAGCUCGGCUCCGUGUCAGAAUCGAGGCGUCUGUCGAGAUCUGGUCAAUGACUUUUACUGCGAAUGUUACGACGACUGGAAGGGAAAGACCUGUCACUCAAGAGAGAGUCAGUGUGACGAGGAGACGUGUAACAACGGAGGAACCUGCUACGACGAAGGAGACGCCUUCAAGUGUCUGUGCUCUGCAGGCUGGGAGGGAUCCACCUGCAACAUCGCGAAGAACAGCAGCUGUCUGCCGAGUCCCUGCGAGAACGGAGGAACCUGCGUGGUUAGCGGAGACUCGUUCAGCUGCGUCUGUAAGGAGGGCUGGGAGGGCGCCACCUGCAGCCACAACGCCAACAACUGCAGCCCUCAACCCUGCUAUAACAGCGGGACCUGCGUCGAUGGAGACAACUGGUACCGGUGUGAAUGCUCUCCGGGGUUCGCCGGUCCAGACUGCAGGAUCAACAUCAACGAGUGUCAGUCGUCUCCCUGCGGCUUCGCUUCGACCUGCGUGGACCAAAUCAACGGUUACCGCUGCGUCUGUCCGCCAGGAAGAACCGGACCUCGCUGCCAAGAAGUGUCAGGCCGGUCCUGUUUGGUCGGAGGCUCGGUGGUUCUGGAUGGAAGCAGAUGGGAUGAAGACUGUAACAGCUGCCGGUGUCACAACGGGAGAGUCUCCUGCACAAAGCUGUGGUGCGGACCCAGACCUUGUUCCCUCCACGGUAAGACUCGCGGCUCCGAGUGUCCGGCCGGUCACACCUGCAUCGCCGUCCGGGACGAGAGAUGCUUCGUCAAGCCGUGUCCCAGCCAGGGCGAGUGCUGGAGCCCCGCCCAACAGGCUCCGCCCCCAGCCAGGUGUCACCCAGAGAGCAGCUGCGCCAACAUCACCUUCACCUUCAACAAGGAUGUCAUGACAAAGGGUGUGACGGUGGAGCAGGUCUGUCGUGAGCUCAGGAGCCUCUAUGCUGUGAAGAACCGUUCCUCUGACUCCUACGUGUCCAUGACCUGCGAGCCGUCGCUCAGUGCCAACAACGAGAUCCACGUAUCCAUCUCGACAGAGGACCAGCGGAGAGGCAUGGCCUUCGUUAAGGACAUCACAGACCGGAUCAUGGACCUGGUCAGCAAGCGGAGCGCCAACAGCUCCAUCAUCAGCGCCAUCGCAGAGGUUCGAAUCCAGAGACGACAAAACCUCGACCCCAACGCAGACCACCUGGUGCCGCUGCUGGUUUCCGUGGUGAUCGUGAUCUGGGCUUUGGCGGUCGCUUCGAUGUUGCUGUGGUGCGUGAGGCGGCGCCGGAAGCAGAGCGCACACACAGGGGUCAGCACGCAGGCCUCAGCCAUCGCGCCCCCUCCGGCCGAGGACAACAACGCCCUCCACAACAGCGUCAUCGCCGCCCGCGAGCAGCUCAACCACAUCAAGAACCCCAUUGAGAAGAACCCACAGCAACACCUGCUCAUCCACCACCACCUGUAUGAGGACAAGAACUCCGUCAACGCCAAGAUCAGGAAGUCAGACACAGGAAGCCUGUCGGAGGACGAGGAGGUGGACAAAAGGCUGCAGAAGGCCCGGUUCCCCCGAGCACCACCAGCGUACUCGCUGGUAGAUCGGGAGGACCGACCCCCCCACCACACCACAGGGAGACCCCCACACUGGACUAGCAAACAGGACAACCGGCAGCUGCAUUCGCAGAGCGUAAACAGGAUGGAGUACAUCGUAUAGCCGACGGGGCCACGAUGGCUGGACUUUUGUGACCUGCUGGGGGAGUUUUUGGUCAUCUGUAUCUUUUGUAUGUUUUUUUGUACAGAACUGGAAUUUCAAGAUGGAUUUUUGCUGUUUAAUUUAUGUUUUGACUGACACUGGCCUGAACGGUCCACUGCGGUUGGCUGGAUCUCCGAUAUUGUGGACGCCGUCGUAAACAACAGAAUCUGGACAGCAGAGUUGCUACGUUGCACCUGUAAGCAAAGCAUCCCUGAAGCCUUACGAUCAGCAUCUCACAUUCAACAAUGAGUUUCAUAUCUAAAUGUGCUGAACCUCGGCACAUGACCAAUUUGGAAAAAAAAUAUUUAUUUUGUUUUCUUUUUUUCCAGUUGGAGAAAAUUAAGUGAGUCAGCAGUUGCUGCCAAUAUGAAGAAUCGUCCACGUCGAAUGUUUCUGUUCAGAUGUGUACAGAAUUUUUUAAUUAAUCAUUGUGUAUAUUUGAUUUAUUAACUUAAUCGUCAAGAGCCUUAAGAUAUUCCUGUUUUUUAAUUUAUGAGUAUUGUUUAGAGUUGAAUGUCCGACAGCUUUGUAAGCUCAUGACUUCUUGAUGGAAAUAUUGUUUUCUGAUAUAUUUUUCGUCAAUGCCAAAAGUGUUCUUGAAAGAAUAGUUUAUUUUUAGCCGUUUGGAUCUGGGCAUUUUUGUGCCUCAAAUAAUGUUUUGUACAUUGUCUGUUUGGUACAGUUUGUUGGCUGUUCUGUUGUAAGUACUUUACAUGGAAAUGGAAAGGGGGGGGGGGGGGGGGGUGAUGGUGGGUUAGAGACUCAUUGUGCUGCAGGGUCCUUUUCUCCCUGCUGCUGCUGGGAUGAAGGCAUCAGAUACACCAGGCCAGCACUGAGAGGCUCAGGAAGAGCUUUUACUCUUUGGCCAAUAGGAUCCUAGAUGAGGUCACUGCCUAAGACUGCCCCCACGACCCCCUGUACAUUUUCACUUUAGUGU